AUGUCACAAGCAAAUAACAAUUUCGAUUUCAGUAUAUUUUGUUUACUUGAUACUUGUAUUAAUAUGGAAGAAAAUAUAGAUAUUCAACAAAAACUUCUUCUCUUGAAUCAUAAUUUAGAAAUAUUUAAAGAACUCGAUCAAUGUGAACAACAUAUUCAAUCUAUUUCUUCAAGCAAUAAACUUAUUCUAAUCGUUAGCGAUGAUGUCGGCCAACAACUAAUACCACAAAUUCAUCAACUUUCGCAAGUUUAUUCAAUUUAUAUUUAUUGUCAUGAACAAGAAUUUAAUCAACAUUGGACUCAACAAUAUAACAAGGUGAGAGGCAUUUAUUAUGAAAUUGAUCAAUUGAUUGCAUCUAUAAAAUGUAAUGAAGUAGGAAGAAUGAUGAAUACUGUAGAUGAACCACUUUCUAUGAGUAUUUCCAAUACAAAUAAAAAUUGUGAUCAGACAACAAGUGAUCUUGAUGGUCGAUUUGUUCAUUCACAAUUACUCAUCGAUUGUCUUCUACGAAUGGAACCAAUGUUAACAGAUAAGAAUGAAUUUAUUUCUUUUUCUUUAAAUGAAUAUCAUGAUAAUGAAGAUAUGUUAAAGAUUAUUAAAGAAUUCGAAGAUGAAUAUUCAUCAGAUCGAGCAAUAUGGUGGUAUACAAGAGAAACAUUUAUCUAUCGAUUAUUAAAUAAAAGUCUUCGUAUUCAAAAUAUUGAUUUAUUAUUUUGUCUUCGAUUUUUAAUUCGUGAUAUUGAACAACAACUUCAACAAUAUAAAUGUUCAUCGCCUUUAAUUGUUUAUCGUGGUCAAUUAAUAUCUAGUGAAGAACUUGAAUUAUUAAAACAAUCGAAAGGCACAUUAAUUUCAAUGAAUUCUUUUUUAUCGACUAGUCUUAAUCGUAGUACGGCUCUUGAAUUUCUUAAUACGAAUAUAAAUGAUAAUAAAUUACAACGAAUAUUAUUUGAAAUCAAUGCUGAUCCAUGUCGAGAUGGUAUGAAACCAUUUGCUAAUAUUUCAUCAUUUAGUUAUUUUCCUACAGAAGACGAAAUAUUAAUGAUGUUAGGAUCCGUUUUUCGAAUAAAUAAUAUCUAUCUUGAUGAAAAUCAAAUAUGGAUAAUGAAUAUAACUCUUUGUAGUGAUAAUGAUCAUGAUUUAAAAUCAGUUGUUCAUUCGAUGAAAAAUCAAUAUGGUUCCGAGCAAACUAGACUUCUUUUAUUUGGACAUGUACUUGUUGAUAUGGCUCAUUUUGAUGAUGCAGAAAAAUAUUAUCAUCGAUUACUCAAAGAUUUACCAUCUGAUGAUAAUGAUAUUUGUAAUUGUUAUCAUGCAUUAGGUAAAGUUGCUUGUGAAAAAGGUGAUUAUGAUUUAAGUCUUAGUUGGUUAUUUAAAUCAUUGGAAAUCUUAGAACGAAAACUAAAGAAAAAUCAUUCACGAAUUGGUUUUAUUCAUACAAGUAUCGGAGAAGUUUAUCAAAAUAAAGGUGAUACGAAACAAGCAUUACAUUCAUAUGAAAAAGCAUUGAAAAUUUGGGUAAAAGCAUAUAAUGAUAAACAUGAAUAUGUUGCUUGGUGUUUUAAUAAUAUUGCAAAUAUCUUUACUAUGGAAAAGAAAUAUUCGGAAGCACUUGAAUAUCAUAAAAAAGCAUUAGAGAUUAAAGAAAAAAUUCUUCCAUCAUCACAUCCUUGUUUAGGUAAUGCAUAUCUUAAUAUCGGUAAUGUUUAUUAUUAUAUGGGUCAAUAUAAUGAAGCAUUGAAGAAUUAUGAAUUGUCAAAGAAGAUCUAUGAAGCUUCUCUUACUCCUCGACAUCCUUCACUUGCACGUGCAUUGAAAAAUAUUGGACUUAUUUAUCAAAUUAAAGGUGACUUUUCUGAAGCUAUGAAGUAUUAUAAAAGAACAUAUUUUAUUCGUGAAAACUGUUUUUCUUCAUCACAUCCAGAUGUAAUUGAUAUUAAACAAGAUAUUGAACGUAUAUCAAAUAAAUAG